ACACCAGAUAUUUGGAAUACACCCCGUUUGCGGUUCCUGUCCCGAGGCGGGAAACUACACAGCGGAGCUUUCGCGGGGAGGCGGCGGCGGAUCCGCGCUCGGUUCGCCUUGCCUUGCCGACGCCGCCGACGUGCCAUGGGAAUCAAGGGCUUGACGAAGCUGCUGGCGCAGCACGCACCGACAGCCGCGGUGCAGCGGCGGGUGGAGGACUACCGCGGCCGCGUCAUCGCCGUAGACGCCAGCGUCAGCAUCUACCAGUUCCUCGCCGUGGUUGGAAGGAAAGGAUCAGAGCUUCUGACCAAUGAGGCUGGUGAAAUCACAAGUCAUCUGCAGGGUAUGUUGAACCGGACGAUAAGAAUGCUAGAAGCAGGGAUAAAGCCCGUGUUUGUGUUUGAUGGCGAGCCACCUGAAAUGAAGAAAAAGGAGCUUGCAAAAAGGUCCUUGAAGAGGGAUGAUGCUAUUAAAGAUCUUAAUAGAGCUAUGGAGAUUGGGGAUGAGAAUGCAAUUGAAAAAUUUAGUAAAAGGACUGUCAAGGUUACAGGAAGGCAUAAUGAUGACUGCAAGAGGCUGUUAAGGUUGAUGGGUGUCCCUGUAGUUGAGGCACCAGGUGAGGCUGAAGCACAGUGUGCAGCACUUUGUGAAAAUCACCAGGUUUAUGCUGUAGCUUCAGAGGACAUGGACACACUGACUUUUGGUGCCCGAAGGUUUCUUCGUCACUUAACUGACCUUGGUUAUAAGAAAUCUCCUGUGACAGAAUUUGAUGUGUCAAAGGUUUUGGAAGAACUUGGACUCACGAUGGAUCAGUUCAUUGACUUGUGUAUCCUUAGUGGAUGUGAUUACUGUGAGAAUAUUAGAGGUAUCGGAGGACAAAGAGCCUUGAAACUCAUUCGUCAGCAUGGUUGCAUAGAAGAAGUUCUGCAAAAUCUGAACCAGACGAGAUUCAGUGUUCCAGAAGACUGGCCUUACCAGGAAGUUCGGACAUUGUUUAAGGAACCUAAUGUUUGUGCAGGAAUUCCAGAUUUCACGUGGACCUCACCAGAUCCAGAGGGCCUUAUGGAUUUCUUGUCAACAGAAAACAGUUUCAGUCCUGAUAGAGUAACAAAGGCAGUAGAAAAGAUAAAGGUUGCUAGGGAUAGGUAUUCCCCAGGCAGAAUGAAGCAUUUAACACCAGUUGCUAGCUUACGAGGAUCUCAUACUGAGAAGGAACCCCAGUGCAUACUAGGUUCUCCAGGACAAACUCUGAAGGUCAUGUCAUCUCCACAAGUAUGCAAGAGUCCAAGCUCUGGUUUCAGAUAUGGUAGCUCAAAGCCAUUUAUGCUGGGCAGACAGUCAGGAUUUCAUGGAAUGCCUUAUGCUCUCUCUUUUAUCUAAAAUCUGUAGCUGCUCUGGUUUAUGAGAAGGUUGACCGAAGCUGUAGCUGCGGCUACAUUUUUAGAUGAUGGAAACCGAUAUCCGGCUUUCACCUCACUGGGAGGAUAUGGCCAAGUAGCUGUAGCUGCAGCUACAUGAAAGGAUGCUCACUUAUAAUAUGUUAAUCUCGUGCUACUAUUGUAAUCUUUCCAUUUCUAUUGUAACGUAGUUAAUCAGCUACUGCAGUUCAUCGUUGACAUCUAAUGCUGGUUGCUGCUACACCGGUUGACCUUACCUUUUGUCAAUAUAUUCUGAGUUUUCGGGAUGGUGUUUUUAAACCUAUGCUGAGAGGGUAAACUGGCAGAAAUGUCCUCGACUUUCAUGUGAU